AUGAAUCCACCGGGACAGCACCGCGAUAUUCGGCCUUCCGGUCAUCGAUCAUGUUUCAAUGAUGCCGAUUUCAUGUCGUUUAAUGAAACAGUCAGACGAAUGUUUGAAAACCUGUUUCAUGGCUUAGAGCAACAUUACCGCCAAUUUGGAAUAGGCUGGGACGGUUCAACGACAAACGCGCCAUCAUAUCAAUGCAAUUUUGGCGGUUUACUUAGACAGGUUGCAAACGAUGCGGAAAAUUAUGUUAUUGAAAUGGAUGUGUCACAGUUUCAUCCGAGCGAAUUAAAAGUCAAUCUACGUCACGGUGAACUUUCAAUUGAAGGACAUCAAAAGCAGCAACGUGAUCAGCAUGGUUUCAUUGAACGACACUUCGUUCGUCGAUUCACGUUGCCUGAUGACGUCGAUAAAACCACUUUAACUUCUCACUUGAAAGAAAAUGGUAUUCUAGAAAUAAAAGCUCGGAAGAAGAAUGUUCCACCAGUAACUCCGACGCGAAAUAUUCCAAUUCAAACGUAUAAUGUUGAUCAACAGCACUCGAAAACUGCAAAACGUAGCAAUGCAAGCUCAAGUAGAACGGGAACCACUGAUCACUGA